AUGAGCUCUUCAGAACAGGAAGCACAGUGGCGUCAGCAGCGCGCCGAGCUGUACGACCAGCUCUACGAGGGCGGCAAGAAGGCAAUCAAUCGCGAGGGCGUGCGCAAGACUAGACAGAACUUCACGCCUGGCCCCACACUUGAGUCCAAGCCGUACGUGUUCCCCACGGAGAAUGACGGUGUAGCGCUCAUCUGUGCGCCGACCCCCAUCGAGAUGGCAGAGCGUUGUCAUACUAUCGGCAAGGAGCUUAUGGAUCUGCUGCCACGUGAGCCUGAGACCGGCAACGCAGUGGCCUGCGUGACGCGCCGUGAGCUCAUGCACGUCACGCUGUUCCACACGUCGCACCCAGGCGACCUGGCUCCGAAUGCGAGGCUACGUUUUCCCCAGGAUGUGGCACAGCUCAAGACAAUGUGUACGCACAUCGCGCCGUUCCGAAUGGUGCCCGUGAAGGUGCUCAUGGCCUCUUCGGGUGCCAUCAUCAUGCUGUUCCAGUGCUUGCCAGCCACCGAGAAGCUCAGCGACGACGUCAUCAACGCGCACGCCGAGUUCUCGGUGGACCAUAUCCGCCGCGUGGCCAAGGAGACCUUCUCAUUUGCGCCCAAGACGGACACGCGCGUGAUCAUCCACGCGACGCUUGGACGCGUAUUGUCACCCGACGUUCAAGAUGUCGACCUAGAUCGCCUGCGCGCUCGAUGCGACGAGAUCACGGCUGAGCUGGAGACCGACCCACAGCCAGCACUUUUCGACAAGCUCUGGUUCGUGGAGGAGACCCAUAAUCUAUCGCCCCAGGGCCCCAAGACCGAUAUACCCCUACUCGGCGGCCUGCAGCAUCAGUAA